GGAUUCAGACAUUUCGACGAGGGACUAUUUGGGCCUGUGCUGAACACUUGAUGUUGACGACAUUCCCAUCGUCCCCUCUUCUUCGUCUAACCCCCAUCUCCUUCGUCUGUGUAUGGUUGGGGCUGGCGCAGUCUUCCUGUGUGAAGCGCCAGACCCCUUCACACCAUGGAAUGAUGAUGAUGAUGUAUGUUUGGGGCUGCAUUGCAAUAUUGAUUGUUCGGAUCAUUGGUAUCCAAGUCUUCCGCUGUGCUAUUUUAUACUUUGUAUUGAAAGGUCGGUUCUUGUUCUGGUCUGCACCUAUACGGUUCAACUUCAUUUCAAGGAGGCUCUUUUGGGGCGUCACUGCAGCGCUUACUGCAUAUCUAGGUUUUGUUUUGAUUGCAGUUGUCCCUUACCGCGGUCAAAAGAGGGAGAAAACAGCGUGAAACGACAGCAGUCAGGUUCAAGGGGAGUCCAACUACCUUGCCUGCCGUCAACCAUCUGCGGUUCUUUUAAACAUUAAGGCGUUUAUGCCAAUCUCCUGAGUUCUGUUUCCAUCGGAGUGCUGAUUGAAGAGAGGCCGGUGGAGGCGAGGGGCUGUCCUCGUCAUCUGGAUUCGUCUCUGGGGAACUCUGAACGAAGCACGAGAGAGCGUAACGGGAUGAAGGGUGACAGAGACGCCAGAGGGCAUAACAAUGGUCCAUUCGACUGAACAAGUACACACAUGAGCUGAGGAGAGGCGAGGUGAAUUAGAUGAUGAUGCAUCACCAGGUUUUCUCAAGUGAGAGAGAGAGAGAGAGAGAGAGAGAGAGAGAGAGAGAGAGAGAGAGAGAGAGAGAGAGAGAGAGAGAGAGGAGACACAGGCUGCUUGAAGCAACAGAAGCGGGCUCCUCAGGAGACAUCUAGACGUACCAUCAUCAGGAGAUCUGGUUUACGUACUUUGAAGCUGACUUCUGUUGGCUGUUGAAGGUAGUUUGCCCCUUGUUCGCUGAUUGGUACUGCAAGCAGGUGUUUCACGAUCGUGACGUUGAAGAGCGAAGGGGCAAACAACUUUCAAGAUCGUACGUCGAAGAAGGUACGAGCCAUAAUGUUUUUUUUUGUCCUUCUUCUUUUUCCCUUAGGAAAGAAAGGAGGGGGGAAAAGAAAGGAAAAGAAAAAACAAAAUGGAGGCGGCUGGUUCGGACGUUGGACCAUCAGACUGGUAUCAAUGGACGGAUGUUUCGUAUGGACGGUACAUUCAUGAAUGAUCAAUGCUGCAGAACUCGCAGUGCAGCGUACUGUCACACAUCCAUCCAUCCAUCCAUACACAUGGCAGAAGUUGCAGUCGAACGCACUCUUUCACAACCAAUGGACCAACCCAACCGUCACAACCGCACUCCCAAUGAUAUACUAUAUACUAUAUACUAUAUACACUAUAUACACUAUAUACGAUAUGCGAUAUAUUCAUUUUAAGUGAGCACUGUUUCUCGGUCUCUUCCUUUUUCUCACCGUAACUCUACUACCGGUAGUUAGCUCGUAGAAGGGGUAGCGUCAAUCAGUCAAGACUCAAGACGGUCGUGACUGUUGAAUUACAGAGUAUCAGGUUGGAGGGGGUGAAAAGGAAUACCCAUGCCGCGACGCGGGAGACUUAGCGGGAGGAAGUGCUGGCGACUCUCCGCUAUUUCUGACCGAGUAGAUCUUCCUCGCUUGUUAACCGAUGUUGGGUAAUAAAGAAUCUAGAGGUACACUGGUACAGCAUCACUAUCAUGGUGAGGGAAAAAAAAAAAAAAAAAAAAAAAAGGAAGAGUUUAGAUUGGAUAAGGAAAAGAUUGACUGCAUCGGUGUUUGUUACCGGUGUUUUUUUUUGUUACCGGUGUUUGUUACCGGUGUUUUUUUUGUUACCGGUGUUUUUUUUGUUACCGGUGUUUUUUUUGUUACCGGUGUUCUUUUUGUUACCGGUGUUUGUUACCGUUGUGUGUUACCGAUGUUUGUUACCGGUGUGUGUUUGUUACCGGUGUUUGUUACCGGUGUGUGUUUGUUACUGGUGUUUGUUUGUUACCGGUGUUUGUUACUGGUGUUUGUUACCGUAUUCCCUGCGCUUUGCUGUUGGGAUCCUCUUCUUUUCUAUCUAUCUAUAGAUUCUGUAUUGUUGCAUCGGCAAUGUCGGAUGCAUAUUUGCAGUUAAAAAAAAAAAGAAAAAGGACAGUAUAUGAUGUGCUUGCAGUGCGGUCGCAGACAGCGGUUUUGCGGUACAGGGGUGUGAUUUGUGGAGACGCCCUUGGCUGUGUGUCAAGCGGGAACGGAGAGAGCUGCUGUGCAAUGCAGCAAUGAAUGGCAGAACAAUUG